AUGCCACAUCCGAUGAAAUUAAUUGCACAAUUGCAGUUGAUUUAUACAAAUGAAAGCAACCAAACGAUUGUAUCAGACUCGAAUUGGUUAACUACUGUUACGGGUUCAUUACUCGAAUCUGGUUGGUAUGAUGGUGAAGAGUACGAUGCCCGGAAGGAAUUGCCCGGUUGGGAUACACCAAGCUAUCAUCAUUCAACAUGGAAAAUGGCAGACGUUUCGAGUAUACCAAAUCCUAAUGCAAAAUGUCGUGCUCAAGAGUUUUCUGCGAUUGAAUCAGUGGAAGAUAUAAACGCGAUUGCUGUUCGUGAUCAAGAAUUCACUAUGAAAGAUGCUCGUAGCACAACAGCAACGGUGCGACCAGCUGAAAUACUGCAACAGGAUGGAACAAUCAAUCAAAUUACUGAGGGAACACCAAUUUAUGACCGUCAUACUUUUUCAGGAAAUGGUACUGAAAAAUAUAUUCCAACUUUUCGAUACCAUGGCUUUCGAUAUGUACAAGUGGAAAACUUGACAUACGCACCGCAGAUGACCGACAUGAAAAGUUAUACAUUGCGUGUCAAUAACGACGUAUCUGGUACAUUCAAUAGUUCUAUCGAACUUCUAAAUCGUAUUCAUGCCAUAGUCAAUCGUGCUGUCCAAAUUAAUAUGCAAUCUGUAUUUACCGACUGUCCACAUCGAGAGAAAGAUGAGCCAAAUUGGGGAAAUAGCGUCAUUCUAUCACCCUUAUACUUAUAUCAAUCUUAUGGUGAACGAGCAUUAUUGGAAGAAUUCUAUCCAAACGUGGCUGUAUUCUUAAAUUAUCUAACUACACGCACAAAAAUAAUAUUGUUUCAUAUCAAAGUCGUUCGAAAUAAACCCCAUUCAACCAUCGUCGUAUGA